AUGUUGUCAUAUUAUGAAAACAUUUGUAAUAUUAAACAUAUUGUAAUUCACAAUUUUAUAUGCAAUAAUUAGCACUUAUUUCUCUCAUUGUUUUCUUAUUUCCGUUAUAGAAUUAUAUAAUAAUAAAAAGAGAAGGACAGAAUAUUAAGAUAUUGCUGUCCAUAACAGGUCAAAUAUUAGACUGCACCUGAGUAGCACAUUACUGUAUUCCUCAAAUUUAGACAUCCAAAGGGGCUUAGAAGUUCAGCUGUAACGUAUAAGAUACAUAAUUUCACGAUGGAUCCAUUUAUUAUUGCUGCUAUCAUCAGUGCCAUAGUUAUUUUAAUUUUAUCAGUAGCAUUUCUACGUGCAACCAAAAUGAAUACAAAAAGUGGUGCGAGACCUAAACCGGUAGCCCAAAGAGAUGGUGUUCCAGGGAGAUUACAAGCUGUUAGAUUACAGCGAGCAAGGAUGAGAGCAAAUGCUGCCAGGCAUGCUGUACCUUUGGAUGAAGAGCCUGAAAUAGUUGAUGAUGGAGAAGAACAUGAGACGGGUGAAUCCAGUCAAAUUGAGUUUGAUGACAAAAUGGGAGCAAAGAAAAGGGCCAAGCUGGAAGCAAAAAUGGAAAAGAAAAAGGCACGAGAAGCUGAGGAGAAAAUGAGAGAAGUAAGAAAGAAACGCGAACAAGAGGAGGAAGAAGAGAGAAAGAAAAAUGAAGAAAAGAAACAGGAAGAGGAGCGUAAAGCUGAAGAAGCUGAACGGAAGGCAGAAGAAGAAAGAAAAAUACGUGAGCAGGAAGAAUAUGAAGCAAUGAAGGCAGCAUUCUCCGUUGAGGGAGAGGGCUUUGAUGAAAAUGAAGAGGCAGAUGCGGACAAUCUGCUAAGAGACUUUAUUGAAUUUAUUAAGACACAAAAAGUUGUACUACUUGAAGAUUUAGCUGCUCAAUUUAAACUUAAAACUCAGGCAGCCAUUGACCGGAUUAACGAGUUGACUGCAUCAGGAUCAUUAACUGGUGUUAUUGAUGACCGUGGAAAGUUUAUUUAUAUAGCCCAAAGUGAAUUAGAAGCUGUGGCGAAGUUUAUCAAGCAAAGGGGAAGAGUAUCAAUUACAGAACUAGCGGAGAGUAGUAAUCAAUUAAUAAAUUUAAAUCCUGUAUCUGUUUUGUCAUAAAUUUCCAGUAUUGCAACUGUCAUAUUUCAUGUGAUAAAAUAAUGUAACCUUAGAUAAUUUAUAUGUCUAGUAUCUAGAUAGAAUGUGACAGCUGUGAACAAGUCGAAAAAUUAACCGUGAGCUUUUAACAUCUAUUUUCAGCAACACACACACAAAAAACAAAGUGACUGAUGUCUUGCGAGUUUAAGACGUAGCUGUCAUGCACAAUAAAGUAAUAAACCUGGCCUGUUUUCAUGUGUUGCCUCACAGCAAGAGCUCUAGAUGUAUAAAUUAUCUCAGAAUAUAACAUACUAUCAACCUUAUAAUGAUAUCAGACUAGUUAGGAAAAUACAUCUUAUGUAUUAUAUACAGAAGUUAAGAAUAUACCAGGACCAUUGGUUGUUUGAAUUGCAUUGAGAAGUCGGUUUAUAUAGUUGAUGUCACAUACAAAAUAAUAAUUUAUGUUUAUAACACUUAAUGAGCUGAUGAUUAAGGCCCGGUGUCCACCAAAGGGGAGAGGAAACAAGACGCGAAGCUAUCAGGUUAUUUCCACCAAAGCUAAAUCAGUCAAGUAAUGUUUACGAAAGGAAAACGUCAUCACGCCCGCCCAUACGCUUCUCCGCCAUAUUCCAUAGAAAAAUGAGGCAUCUCCUCUCCACUUGAU